GAAGGCCCUAAGUCGACAGUAACGUGUUGCUUUAUGCAAUGUUGAUGAGGCCUUUUCAACUGUUGGUCUUGAGAUCGGCUUGGUUGGUAGUUCAUACCACCAUACCAACACUGGCAAAAGUUUCAGGCCCCCGACUGCCUAAGUAUGUAUUGUUUUGUUUUCAACCCUGGUUCAAUCGAUCAAUAGUUUUUUGUAGAAUUUACACUUCCCUUCAUAGGGAUAUGACUAUAUCGCGGUGUGAUCUUCCUAUUGGCCGUAUUUGGGGAACUUCAUCAGAGGGUCAGUUUUUUUUUCUUCAUGUUCGUUCAUCCAAAUUUUUCUCUAACUAUUUUCUUCUCUUCCUCCUCAAAAUUCAUAUACAGUGUCUGCAGGAAUUCCACUAAGUAUUCGUUCAGAAAUUCUUCCGGUAUUGUAACUAUAAGUUGCUGUAGAUAAUUUCUCAGAGUUUCUUUUACUAAAUAUUCCUUGAGUAAAUCCUCGUGAAUUCUUCCAGAAUUUCCUUUAAAAAAUCUCCUCUGCAGAAAUGUCUCUAUGAGUUCUUUCAACAACUACUUCAGCACUUCAGAAUUUUCCCAAGAUUUUUUUUUCAGUAAUACCUGCUUACAAAAUUUCUGUAGGAGGGGUCCGUAAAAAAGCUCAAUAGGACAGAUCGGUGAAGUACUAGAUUUGUAGCAAUGAGCUGUAUGGUGAGAAGGUCAAUUCUCCGUUUUUGCAAUGAAAUGGUGCCAAAAGCGUGGGUAUUAUGAUUCCUUGCCUAAUUUGAUGCUGUUUGAGCAAAACUUUGGGCAACAGUGUUGUUGUUUCCUCCAUUUGUUGCAACACAAACAACAUAGUUAUCCAAAGUUUUGCUCAAACAGCAUCAAAUUAGGCAAGGAAUCAUAAUACCCACGCUUUUGGCACCAUUUCAUUGCAAAAACGGAGAAUUGACCUUCUCACCAUACAGCUCAUUGCUACAAAUCUAGUACUACACCGAACGUGUCCCAUUAUAUGUCUUGUAACUGUUUACGUAAGCCUAGGUAGGGUCUUGUACCAUUUGGGCAGGUGUACCUAUUUUGGGCACUUGCCGCUAUAACUAAGUCAAUUUCAAACCGAUUGAUUUGAAUUUUUGUACAGAGUUAGAUACUGUACGUGGCUAACUCUAUACAAAAUUUCAAAUCAAUCGGUUUGAAAUUGACUUAGUUAUAGCGGCAAGUGCCCAAAAUAGGUACACCUGCCCAAAUGGUACAAGACCCUAGUUGAUGCGAUUCUAAACCAGCAACUUCUGAAAAUGUCGUUUUUAAGUCCAUUUUUUACUGUUUGUUGAUUGAUUAUUCUAACUAAUAAAUUUUCGAAUUAACUGCUAAAUCGAUGUAAAAAGAAGAAAUAUGUUGGUUGUUCCAUGGGUUUAAUAGUAUAUUUUCUUAAUAUAUAAAUGUUACUAUAAAACUCUUAUAAACGAAAAUUAUUCAGAAAAUUAUACAUUUCGUAACUUUUUGUUACAAAAUUACAAAGUGCAGUGGACCUGGUUUGAUGGUUAAAACCCGUGAAUGUCACGCCGAGGACCUGGGUUUGAAUCCCACUCCCAACGUACUCGCACAAUGUGAGUUCUUUUUUCGGACGGGAAGUAAAGCUGUAGGCGUAGAUCCCCGAGAUGGACUAGCCCCAGGCUUAACAUCUCGAGAUAAAAUAUUACAAAAAAUAAAACACUUAAUACAUAAAUACGCAAGAUUGAAUGAUACACAAGCAUACAUUCCGAUGAAAACGACAAAUUUUACUCGAAACCUUAGAAAACCCAACUCUAAUCCAUCCAGCUAUGCCGUCAUUCCACACACCACCUACAUGCAUACAAAGGAAAAAAAACCGCGUGAACUCCAAAAAGAAUCUGCCAAAAAACUAAAACACACACAACAAAAAUCGCUUCUUCAGCAUGAUGCCGAAAAACUGCAUCAUCCGUCUCGCGUGCGAACGAACGCAACGCAUGCGACCGGGCGGUGCUGUGGUGUGGUGACCCGACCAGACCACCGCACCGAUCUCUAGAUCUCUAGCCUCUCUCCUACAUGCAAGCGAUGCGAUGAUGACCGACCGGCAAUGCUAUACCUACGAGCAACGCUGAUGUUCGACGACAUCCUCCAGUCAGCCAAAAAAGUAGACACUCUAGAGCCGAUGCGAUGCGGGGGUGGUGUAUGUGAGUGGGAACUCGCCAGGAAGCCGGACGACACGCUGUGUAGGUAGUGGUCACACCAAUACAUACCGCCCUAGUAAACAUAAUACCUAGUAGUUGCGGAAAAAGUGAUGAUUUUUUUCGGCUUGCGUCCACGGAGAGGCAUGCGAAAUUUUUUUUUACGAUUUUUUCGAAAUCUCUAGUUGUUAGGCCCAGUGCGAUGCGGUGCUGGCGGCUGCCGCCGCGGCAGAUGAUGUUCUCGGCAGCAGUUCUACAUAUGUCUGACAUGCUCCCGCUUUCUUUUUAAUGGUCGCACACAUACGAGUCAAACGAUGAAAUCUAAUAAAGUGAGAUGAACAUUUUUUUUGUAUUGGUAUUUUUUAUGCAUUUAGGUUUUGCGAAAAUUAAAAAACCGACACAUGUCAUCAUAUCGAUGAUGGCACUGAAAGCUAUCGCUUUCUGGAAACUAUAUUAAAGUUACGUAACGGUUCCGGGGUUCAUACUGUUGUGGAAUCACUCAAAAUUCUUCAAAAUCUCGAUUGACACGAUCACUCAUCAUCGACUGGAGAUUAAGUUAGGUGCGAUGCGUUCCUUCACCAAAGAAUGAGGCAAAAAAUCCAAUCACUUUCCUGUUUUCGAAACGAAGAAAAAAUCCCAGGUAGACGUUCAUCGUCGUCAUCAACUUGCGAGAUUUGCGAGAGAAGUGUGGCUGUACCGUGCCGUGCAGUCUCUAGAAUAACAGAGAUUGCACUCCAUGGAGUCCGACUCCGACGAAGUCCCUCUCAAUGGACUGAAGAGGGAUGCUGGAAACCUCACCGGUCACUCAGAGAUCUCUCGGCCAGCAGGGCUGGUAGCGAGUCACCUUUUGAUGACUUGGUUUUCAUUUUUGCCUGUUAUAAGAAUUAUCAUAAUGCGUACAAUCCAUCUGAAUUGUUUUGCCUUGAUUUCAUCGUAAAUAUGGGCCUGUCCAUAAACUAUGUAGACUCUUGAGGGAAGUUAGGUGGUUUAACUAAAGUAAUCCACAAUUUUUAUUUGGACUAAAGUAAGUCUACAAGUGGGGAUGUCUGAGAUAGCCAGAAGUGAGUCUACGAAGUUCAUGGACAGCGCCUCAGUGGAGCUCAAGAACUUACCGGUCAGACAAAGACCGGAGUGUCCUCUGCAGUAUGUAUAAGUCGUCUCUAUUCAACUCGGUCUAUGGCUGUGCGUCUUCAGUCACAACCUCUGCGAAGGGUCCGUAUAUCGUCCUCUACUUGAGCUAUCCAUCUAGCUCGCUACGCAUCACGUCUUCUUGUACCGGUCGCAUUGCUCUCUGGAACCAUUUCAAUCGGUUUGCUAUCCAACAUCCUAGUGAUGUGAUCCACCCACCGUUGCCUCCCGAUUUUCGCGGUGUAGACGAUGGUUGGUUCUCUCAGGCAACUUGUGGUUCAUUCGUCUUCUAAAAACCCGGCUUCCAUCUGCACUCCACCGUAGAUGGUUCGCAGCACUUUCCGUUCGAAAACUCCAAGGGCGCGUUGGUCCUCUGCACGUAUAGUUCAUGCUUCGUGCCCAUAGAGGACCACCUUCCAACCAGCGUUUUGUAGAUGGUUAACUUCGUGUGAAGGUGAACUUUGUUCGAUCGUAGAGUCCAAAGUUACCUAGAUUUCCUGCCGCAAUGCGUCUCUGAAUUUCUCUGCUGGAGUCGUUGUCAGCGGUCACUAGUGAGCCCAAGUACACGAAUUCAGGGCGGCGGCCGCGGUAAUCCCUCCCUUUUGUGCCAUCAUGUACUUUGUCUUCGACACAUUAAUGACUAAUCCUUCAUUAUUUAGUCGGAUGUAUGUCAUCUUCGUUCUCCUUAUUACACCCUCUAAAUCAAUGUUAAACAACAAGCCCUUACCAUGUGUCAUACGUUGAUUCAAAAUUGAUGAAUAAGUGAUGCUUGCCAACGAGUGACGAACGAAAAGAAUGCCGCCAGAAGUCGAACGCUAGUGGCCGGUACCCGGCAGAACAGAGAGCGGUACAGGGUUGCAAGAGCAGAAGAGAAACGAAUCCACCGCAGGAAAAAACGGCAACACGAAGAGAGUGUUAUUGCUGAAGCGCAGGAAAGUAUGGACAGGAACGAUAUGCGGAGGUUUUAUGCAACUGUCAAUGCCGCGUGGCACAAGACUGUGCCAGUGCCCGCCAUGUGCAAUGACCGGGAAGGGAAUUUGCUGACAGAAAAAACAAUGGUGACAGCCAGGUGGAAGGAGCACUUCGAAGAUUUGUUGAAUGGUAGCAGCGAAGGAGCACCCAGGAACAGGAUUAACAUAAUGGAUGACAGUCAAGUAGUGGAACCACCAACACUGGAUGAGGUUAAAAAGGCCCUAAAAGAGCUGAAAAACAGCAAGGCUGCUGGGAAGGACGUGAUCCCGGUCGAACUUCUUAAGCACGGAAGCGAGCAGCUACAUCAAUCAAUCCACCAGAUUAUUAUAAAGAUUUGGGAGGAUGAAGAAUUGCCCACCAGUUGGUUGAAUGGCCUCAUAUGCCCAAUCUACAAGAAAGGGCACAGACUGGAGUGUGCCAAUUACAGAGGGAUUACCCUUUUAAAUUCGGCGUAUAAGAUACUGUCGCGUGUCCUGUUCAACAGACUGCGACUUCUUGAGGAGUCCUUCGUCGGCAAAUACCAGGCUGGUUUUCGUGAGGGCCGAUCAACGACGGAUCAAAUGUUUACCCUGCGGAUGAUCCUAGAUAAAUUUCGGGAAUAUAACUUGCAGACUCACCAUCUGUUCAUUGGUUUUAAAGCAGCGUACGAUUCAGUGAAAAUAAAUGAGCUUUGGCAGAUAAUGUCAGAACAUGGUUUUCCGGCGAAACUAAUUAGGCUGAUACGCGCAACGCUGGAUGGAUCAAAAUCAAGUAUUCGGAUCGCGGACGAAGUGUCUACGUCGUUUGUGACCUUGGAUGGAUUGAAGCAGGGGAUGCUCUUUCAAAUUUAUUGUUCAACAUUGCACUCGAAGGAGCGAUUAGGAGGUCAGGCGUGCAGAGGAAUGGCUCUAUCAGCACACGGUCGCACAUGCUCCUCGGUUUUGCGGACGAUAUUGAUCUCAUCGGCAUCGAUCGUAGGGCAGUGGAGGAAGCUUAUGCUCCUCUGAAGAGAGAGACAGCGAGGAUAGGCUUGACGAUUAACUCUACCAAGACGAAGUACAUAAUAGCGGAUAGAGGCAGAAGCAGGCCUAGUGGUGUUAGUGUUGAGGUAGUGAUUGAUGAGGAAGUGUUUGAAGUUGUUAAAGAAUUUGUUUAUCUUGGAACACUUGUGACAUGUGACAAUGACGUUUCCCGUGAAGUGAAAAGGCGUAUUGCAGCUGCGAAUAGGGCCUUUUACGAAGAUGGUGCUCUACUAUACGCUCGGCAUUGGAGUAAAGUUACUUUGUAGCCAACAAGGUAUCAAGGUAAGGUAGGAAUAAGUGAUGUGUGGGUACGUUGUAUUCGCGGCAUUUCUGCAACACCUGGUGGAAGACGAAUAUUUCUCUGAUACUUUUUCAAAAUGACGUAUAAUACACGCCAAUCCUAUGUUGAUGCGUCGUUUUGAAAAAGUAUCCGAGAUUUAGUCCGUUGUAGCGCGUUUUCUAUGAAGCCAUCCUGAUAUAUUAUCCCACGAACUCUCUUGCAAUCGGUGAAAGAUAGCGGCAUAAAGUUUGAGAAACUACUUUGUAGACAGCGCUCAGUAGUGUGAUCGCGCGGUAGCUCCCGCAAUCCAUGGGACACCGCAUGAUACCUUCCAUCAAUUCGUCUGGUAAUAUUUCGUCAUCCCAAAUCAUGGUGACCAAGUGUAGUGCUCUCACUAGUGGUUCUCCACCGUAUUUUAGAAGCUCGCUUGGUAGUUAAUCUACUCCAGUGGUUUGUUGUUUUUCAAUCAGCCAACCUCCUCCUUAAUCUCUUGGUGGUUAGGAGCUGGAAAUCUUGCGUUCUGCAAACGUAUUCCUAGAUCUGUUACCACGCCACAUUCAGUGCUUGCUGCAUAGCCAUUAAGGUUUUCAUCGCAAUGCUGCCGCCACCUCUCGAGCGGUUCAGCUUCUCGUACAACUUCCGUGUGCUUAGCGAAGUACAGUUCCUCUUUCGCUUCGCGAUCUCGUUCUUCCUGCUGGCGCUUCUUCCUUCGGAAAAAUUAAGUUCUGCCUGUUCCGCGCUUGUCUAUAACGUAUCUCAUUCGCCCUCGUAUGGUGUUGCAACAUUCUCGCCCAUACUGUAUCCUUCUCGUUUUUGAAUUGUUCACAUUCACCAUCGUACUAAUCGUUUUGUGACUUGGGGUCGCGAAGCCUAGUGGUGCAGCCGAGGUACUACCUAUGACGGAUUGGAUGUCCCUCCAGCCAUCUUCAAGUGUAGCUGCGCCAAGCUGCUCUUCCGUUGGAAGGGCCACUGCUAGCUACUGCGCGUAGUCUUGAGCCACUUCUACGUUACGCAGCUGCUCGAUGUUGAGCCGUGGCGUACGACUUUGACGCGUGGUAAUAACUUUCGAAGGUUUUGAACGCAUAUAGUGAUCCAAAUAUAUAUUCGCACUGCGGUAUGCGCGGACAUUGGUUAUAUCUGAGAGGAAUUCUCCCGAUUAGGACGUGGUCGAUUUGGUUUUCUUUUUGAUGGUCAGGUGAUCUCAAGGAGGCUUUACGUAUGUCUUUGCGGGGGAAGAAAGUUCUUCUGACUACCAUACCAUGGGAGGCUGCAAAGUUUACGCAUCGCUGGCCGGUAUCAUUCGAUAGGCGCCGUCCACAAAUUACGUAACGCUCUAGGGGGAGGGGGGAGUACGGCCGAGCGUUACGGCCCAUACAAAAAUUUUAUGAUUUUCAUACAAAAUAGCGUACCCUCCGGAGGGGGGGUCAAAAAAUCUCGAUUUUAGCGUUACGUAAUAAAUGGAUGCUGCCAUACGGCGUACAGGCUGUUUCGCCCGAUUUCCGGUCUGUACAUUUCCUCCCUUCCUACCUGCGCGUGCAUGUCGCCGACAACGAUUUUCAUUUUUGAAGCAAUAGUUACUAGUCAUUAUUAUAAUAUCCCCACACAACCGCUACCAUCCCUGGUCCUCACGGUUCUCGUUCUGUCGUUCUUCCAUGGCCUUCUUCCUGGGCUCAGGUGGUCGGCAAGCAGCGAGCGGCGCAGCGGCGUUCCGUUCGUUUCCAAUUGGAUUGCGCUGUCUCUCUACAAUAACAGAGAGCGCUCGCCGCCGCUGCCGCGACCGUGUGCAAGCGAAAGUGCUCUAAAACAACACACCGAAGCAGGCCGCGGCGCGACGGCGUGAGAAUGAGUGCCCCGGCCGUCUUCGUCGUCGUCGUCGUUGUCGUCGGACCGCACGACACACACGGGGGACCAGUUUUUUGCUAGAGGACAACCGAGUUCAACCUCAUCCGUGAGUCCAACGUCGGCGCGUACGGGUGUGUUGUGCAUAAAAAAAGCCCCAAGUGGUCUUGUGUUUAUUUAACUUCUUUUUUUGGGAUAGAAAUUCUGGCAAAAUACUGGUUGUAUCGUGCGUUCUUGCGAAGAUUCGCUAAUUAGCUAAUCCAAUUCCGAGCAGUUGUCGCGCGAUAGUCUCCGGUGUCGCAGCUGGUGAACGUCGGUGAUCUUUGAUCCGGUGAUUGGAGGUUCUCCAAAAGCUGAAAAACUUCGAUUGAAAGCAUCUCCAGUAGCCCCGAAAAAAAUCCAGCCUCUAUCCGUUGUGAUCAGUGAAGGCAAAAAAAAAUAUGGUGUAGGAGAGCGAAAAAAGUGAAGGUAUCUUAUGAUGAAAAAAAUCAUGGCGUACAGCGCCACCACUACCAAAAAAACGAGAGCCCCGUGAGAUACAGGUUUAGUGUGUAGUAGGCUUUGCUUGCAUCAAGUAGUCCGAGAGAGUUUGCCAAAAUAGCCUGCUGCUGCGGCUGCCGCCGCCGCCCGGUUCAGUGUCACAACGCGCGCGCUCGUGAGUGACCACCAUUGAAAACAUUAUUUUUUGGCAAACUGUGUGAGUGACGUCACGUUCACGCCUCCACCCAUGUCGCCGCACCGUCCCACUGUUGAUAGUGCACAGUGGGGAAAAACGACAUAAAACAGCACUUAAUUAAAGAAUCAUUCAUUAAAUGCGAAAAAAUGUCCAUUCCAACGUUGUAGAAGUAAAGAGUAAAGUAAAGAUUUAAUAUUUUGACAAAAAGCAGGGUUUCAACAGGGAAAAAUGCACCGCUAAAUGUAACACGCCAAGAAAUAAGUGGUUCAAGUACUUCAUGCAUCAGGGUGAUUACGCGACGUUAUUAGCUGCCGCUCAAAGGAAUUAAUGCACAUUUGAAAGGUACGGUGCGCGGAAUGAAAGCGAAAGUUCUGGAGUUGUUUUGCUACUUCUAACUUGAGGAGAUUUGGCUGAAGAAGCAGAAGAAAAAGUGAAGACUAGUGCAUUGCCCGAGAGGGUCAGUGAGUGCGCAGCGAGUGCAUCCGAGCGGGUUACAAGUGAUCAUAUUCGAUUUGUGGAUUUGGAGGUCGGGUUGGGCGCCCAAAAUCUGCCAAGCUGGCUCCGGUUUUUGGACAACUGGUCAUCACGACGGCAGCGAGCGCGGUGGAAAAUGGCAAAAUUCCGCCACCGCCGACGGCUGCCGUCGUCCAGAUGAAGCGGGAGAAAAGUGAGGAGGCCGAGGAGCUGGACGUUAAGGUGAGUGAAUCGCGAUAUGAGUGGGGGAGAGUGGUGUUGAAAGAUCCUAAAGGCAAAUAAAGUCAUUUAACUACAGCUGUACGUCUGUACAAGCGUGGGUAAUCAACAAAACCAUGCUGAGGGUGACAGAUUCGAUACCCGGUCGGUCCAGGAUCUUUUCGUAAAGGUCAUAUUCUUGACCUCCUUGGUCAUAAGAGUCGUGACUGCGGUCAUUGGCAGAGGCAGCUCUCAGUUAAUAACUGAGGAAGUUCUCAUAGAACACCAAACAAAGAUGCAGGCUGAACUUCUCUGCAUCGCAUUUUACACUCCGUAUCCCCCACUAACUAGUCGGCGUACAAUACAAACAAAACAUCGACUGAACGGCUAAACGAAAAUAUCGCCAACAACAUUAGAGCGGCACUCCACGGUAAACGCCCGAAAAUGAAGAGAUGAAUAAAAAAAAACCUUUGCCGGGUCCCUUUCGAUUGGACCAACGAACCAAUCGGUCUGGACCAAAGCUUGGCAAAUAAAAAAAAAAGAGCGAAUGCAAUUUUUCGUAUGUUUUAUUGUUAUUGUUAUUUUUUGCGCUUCUCAUAUCAGAUUUUGUUAUUUUUAUACCUUGCUUGGUCCGUUCGUUUGUCCGUGCUGCUUGCUAAUCCUAUACGGACUUGUGUGUAUGGUUGCUCGGCCGGUAGCCAGUCAGUUCAAUUCGGUAUAGAGAAGAGCGAAAGGGAUUUGUUUGAGUAUAUGUAGACAUUGAUAGAGGAUACCGCCGACCCGCCUGUGCAAAGGGUUCAGGAGUGUUUUGAGGGGGUUCACUGUUUUAUUGCAAAUACAUCAAAUCAUGGUACCGUGAUUUGGGGUGUAAUUCACCACUUUUCACAGUUUUUGGCUUCGAAUUUUUGAAUAGUUAUCGAUAUGGUCAAAAACAAAGCUUUAAAACAUGUACGGCCACGGAUUUCAUCAGUCAACGAGGUUGAAGCUUUUACUGCAAACCAUUUUAUUGCAAUAAAUACCAUUUAAAAUAAAAAAAAUCAUCAUUCCAUGAAAAAAUUGAUCAUUUAGUGAAAUGUCUUUGUAAGCACUGAAAAUGAAUUUCCCAUCUGAAUUAACCACCCCAGAAUGCGAAAAGCUUUGUAAAACUUAUACAAGUUAAGUAAAUUCUUAAUUAUUCAAAUUUAAAGUUUAAUAAAGCUAUAGAAAGUGUCCAAAAGUAUGCAAUUUUAAUACUAAACAUGUCAUUACUUUAGCGAAAGUACAAUUUUAUGCAUAAAUAAUAAUAUUUAUAGAACUUUUGAUGACGAAAUCGGGUUUAGCGAUCACUUGGCAGCUAUAAACAUUCAUUCAAAUAUUUAUGCCAUGUGCGAUACAGCUACGGUAACAAAAGUUUGAAAGUGUCGUUGAAAUUCGCCAAACACGCAGUUUCGGAAAAUAUUAAAUUUAAUAGAGAAAUAUGUGACUAAUUAGCUGUAAAACAUGUAAACUCAUCAUUCAAUAACCCUUGAUCCAGAAGAUGGUCAUUUUCUACAAAUUGUUUAAGUUCAAAGCUUUAUUUUUAACACAUAAAAAUUGUCCUCACGUCGAUCAAUUUCACCCCACUGAUCAAUUUCACCCGAAAUCACGGUAAUUUAUUGGCACUUCUAUGGGUCCACCAAAUACGAGCGUAUUCAGCAAGACCCUGAGUCUCAGUUGGUUCAGCAACUUCUCGUAAUGGGAAUAUUUUUGGCUUUCCUAGCAGUAGCCUCGUGCAUAAAUGCAAAAUUGUUAAUUGUCGAGAAAGCUCUCAGUUGUUAACUAAAAUUGUAUGUUGUAAGGAUUUCCGAAGAAAUUCACAGAAUUAUUUUAAAUAAUCUUUAAAUUUAUGGAUACAUGAGUUUCAAAUUGCUUUGGUGGAAUAAUAAAACAUAAUUAAGUAGAUUUCAAUGACAAAUUUCUCACAUGCGGAGACAAAGACUUAACACUCAUGGUUGAGUAAUUUUAAAUUUUUCAGAGAAUUAGCUAAAAUAGCUUUGGCACAGCUCUUUAAGGACAAACGUCUUGAAAUCCCGCUUCAACAGUGCAUCAAAACUUCAUACGCACAAAUCUCAAGAAGCAAGCUUCAAACAAUAGUGCAUUUCAUUAUUCUGUUCUUGCUCACUUGUAAUAAGAUUAAAAUAAUAAGCUCAGGUGCGCUGGUUUUGUUUACGAAGAGAUUUGUGCGCUCAAAAUUGUGAGUAGGUGCCAAAGUCGGCCAUUGUGGCGGUCAUUUUGGGAUUCUAACUAGUCUGUCCUUAAAAAGAUCUGAUGAAGUUAGUGUGAGCAAUUAUAGUAAAAUUGCUGUACGAUUUGUUAGACCUUAAAGUGAAAGUUUGGGUAAAAUUUAUGAAUAUUCAUAAACUUUUUGGACAAAAUUUUGUAGAAUUCUUCUAAGAUUUCCAGUUGUAAUUUUUUAUAAGCCCUGCCCAACUAACAUUUUUGUUGUAUAAAUGUUUAAGAGAGCUUCAUUCCAAGAACGUUUGUUCCAUAAGCAGUUAUGCAGCUACUUUUCUUAGUAGGGUGUCCGUCAUUGAUGUUUUUUUCUGUGGCUUGGAACAAUGCACAAAACUUUAAAAAUGCUUCUUAAGUGCAUUUUUUAAGACAAGCCCUGACAGAUGAUUGAAAACACUACCGUACAUAAAACGAAUGGCCCAAAUGUGUACCAGUCGGCGUGACCUUUUACAACCCGACUGUUUAAACAUUUGCAAAAUUGCCGUUGGAAAUCGUCUGUAAGUCGACUGCGCAGUCUUAGGCUUUAAAACACGAGUGUUAUUAUUCACCCGACGUUUCGACACGAGGAUAGUGUCUCCCUCAGGGGGAAACUAAAUUUUAACGUUUUUGGUCGAAUGUUUUGUUCAACUUUAAUUGUCCCGUUUUGUUUCGUUUUUGGUACAUGACUUCGGAACCACUUAAACAAUUCAACGGUGUUUUGGUCCCCCCUUGCGGAAGACACUAUCUCCGUGUCGAAACGUCGGGUGUUUAAUAAAACUCGUUUUUUUUUAAGCCUAAGACUGCGCAGCCGUUAAUCUAUAGAGCAUUUGCAAAAUUUGUAUGAACUGUUGAUUUGUGUAUCGAGCCCUGAAGAUGGUCCAAAGGCUGAACCGAAACGUUGGCGAUGAUAGAAGAUUGAUCAACGCAAUUUGUUAGACUGAGAGCCGUAAAUUUCAGAAAGUCAACAAUCAUCCAGUUGAAACUUACAUUCCAAGUUUCUAGUAAGUUUUGCAUAUUUUCGACAGCAGUUCAACAAUUUUUAGUAAUAUUUACAGUUUUUCGAAAAAAUAUUGUCGAACAUAUGAUUUUUCAAACAUAGUUAGCUAUGUUUCCGUAUUUCUGUCUUUAUGUUUGAAACGAGUUGUAUAUAUAAGUAAUUUCACUGUUUUUGCGGAAUUUUAUCUGAGUUGUAAUUUUUGAGCACAUAUGUCGGAAAAAUUGAUUCAUUGGUUAAAUAUUUCUUCAGAAAAUGUCGAACUCCUGUCGGAAUUCCUAAAUGGCUUUCUAUCUAAAAAUAGGAGACACUUUUGUUCUAUUCAGAGUAAGCAAAGAAUUUCUUCAGGAAUAUCUUGAAAAUUAUCAAAUGUUAUUGAACGAGUUUUUUUUUCUUUUUGAGAAAUCCAUGGAUAUGAUAAAAAUUUCCUGCGCUUCUCAUUAAGUCUGCCUUAUGUACAUACAGAUAGCUGAUAAUGAAAGCUAGUUAAGGACGAGGUCGCUGGAGUUCAAAAAUGGCUGCCACAAUGGCCGUUUUUCGUCCCACUCGAUUUUUCUCGAGCACAAAACUGGAGAUCCAUCCAGUGUUGCGAAUACUCACUUGCGAAAAGUUAUACUCACUUGCUUCUAUCUCAGUCCAGAAGCAUACAAAUUGAUCUAGAAAAACUACUCGUUACUUGCUUUUUCUCAUUGAGUCUCAAACAGCAUUUACAAAUCAAUGCGUUUGCCGGGUCUUCGGAUUUGUGCUCCAGAAAAUCCGAUGCAAAAUGCACUGUUUCGAGUGCGAGCACUGGCAACCUUCACCAUCAUUUUAAUAAUCCCGCCUCUUAAAUCUCAAAUUUAAGACUUAAGAAGGGCAACUAAUUAUCUUGGAAGAACACAAUAUCCACUGCACUACUGCUUAAAUUAGCGCAGUAACAUGUGACGAUGGUGUAAUCAUUUUUUUUUAAAUAAAUUCUUGCUGUGAUUUCCCAUGAUUUUCUGUUGGGAUUCUUCCAUUAUUUUUUUUCCGUUACUUGCUCCAAGAAUUCUUCCAGAGAUCUUCAUAUAUUUCUAAGAUUCCUCCAAUAAAAUUACUUUAGAAUUCUUCAGGAACUCCUGGUGGGAUUCAUCUAAAAAUUCUUGCUGGUAUUGCGGCAGAACUAUUCCGCAGAAUUCUUCGACUGGAACUCCUCUAGCGAUAUCCGAAUUUAUCCAAAAAAAUAUCUAGAGAUUUUACUAGGGAUUAUCAAAGGGAUUUCUCUUAGGUUACCUUCAGAAAUUAUUGCUGAGAUGUUUCUGGAACUCUGCCGGGGAUCCAUUCAAAGAUUUUUACGAAAAUUCCUUUAGAGAUUUCUCAAAAAAACUCUGUGUGGAUGCCUCCAGUUGUUUAUCCAGGAAUCCCUAUGGAGAUUUCCCCAGGAUUCUCCUGGAAAUAAUGCAACCCUUUUCUCCACUAGGACUCAUUCAGAAGGUGGUCCAGCUAUUCCCCCAGAACUUUUUGAGGAAUUCCUCCGUAGAUUUCUUCAGGAACUUUAUCUGAGAGAUUAGAAUAGGAAUUUCUCCAUUGAUUCUUCUAGGAAUUACUCCUGGGAUUUUUCCUUUAUUUUUUCUAGAGAAGCAUCUAGGGAUUACUUCGGAGAUUGCCGUAGAAAUUUCUUCAGAAAUUAUUCAUGGGAUUUAUCCGGAAACCCCCACAUGAACUCCUGUUUGGUUUGGUCCUGUAGUUCCUCGGGUUAUUUCUCCUCGAAUUCUUCCAGGGAUUUCUCCAGUGAUUUCUCUUGGUAUUCAUAGAGGUUUCCCUAAGGAUGUUUUCAUCUUGGUCACACAGUUAUGUUUUUGCAGUUUUUUAACUAAAACUGACAAGAGGUUUUCUUCACAUUUUUGGAAAUUGGGAAGAAGCCUAAAUUCAUAUAUCAGUCUAUGUUCCUUUAACGUGUGACGCAUACUACAGUUCAAAGUUACCGUUAAAGAUCGACGCUUUUUAGAAAGGUACACUUCGUGGCAUGAUCAAUCUCCCGGAACGUGAUUUCGAUGUCUUUAUUAAGAAGGAUAUGUUUCCAAGGGCAUUCUUACACGAGUAUGUUCUGGGAUUCCUCCACGUAUUUCUUCGUAGAUUCCUAUAGAAGUUUCGUAUGGGACACUUUUAGAAAAUCUCAAGGCAUUUGUCUAUGCAAUCCCAAAACUUAGGAUUGCCCAAGAAGUUCCUUCUGGAUUUCCUCUAGGUUAUCUUUUGGAAUUCUAUAAUAAAAAAAAAACGAAGAAAGAGCUUUUGGUCCCUGGGAUUUCUUCAGGAGUUUCUACGCGGAUUGAUCCAGAUCUCUCUCUCUCUCUUGUUGGCGUAACGUCCUCAUUGGGACAAAGCCUGCUUCUCAGCUUAGUGUUCUAUGAGCACUUCCACAGUUAUUAACUGGGAGCUUCCUCUGCCAAUGACCAUUUUGCAUGCGUAUGUCGUGUGGCAGGCACGAAGAUACUCUAUGCCCAAGGAAGUCAAGGAAAUUUCCUUUACGAAAAGAUCCUGGACCGACCGGGAAUCGAACCCGUCACCCUCAGCAUGGUCAUGCUGAAUACCCGUGCGUUUACCGCCUCGGCUAUAUAAG